AUGGCAUGCGUGCUCCUCUUCAACCGACUUCUCCCCUUCUCACACCGGCUCACAAGAACAUCCAUCGGCGUAUUAUCGCUUCUCCUCUCAUAUCUGUGCUACUGCGCGCUGUUCCCCGCCGGCACCGUCAUGCAGAAGUCAGGUGAUGUGACGCCCGGCUGUCGGCGGGACGCGGCCGAUGGAGCCAAAAGACGCCCGGAGAAAGCCGCCUCGUGCGCUCCGACGGCGGCGGACGCGCGAGCGAGCGGCGCGCACGCGUCGCGCCCGAGGAGCGACCGAAGACCCCCCUCGACCGCGCGCGCGGCCAGGAGCGACACGCCCAGCCCCCCGGUGGGCUCCUUGAAGUUUGGGAAUAAAAAGUUGCCGAACGCCAUCAUCGUUGGCGUGAAGAAGGGCGGAACCAGGGCGGUGCUGGAGUUCAUACGGAUCCACCCGGACGUGCGCGCGGCUGGGACCGAGACGCACUUCUUCGACCGGAACUACGACAGGGGCCUGGAGUGGUACAGGGGUUUAAUGCCAAGGACUCUGGAAAGCCAGAUCACCAUGGAGAAGACGCCAAGCUACUUUGUGACUAAAGAGACGCCGCGCCGCAUCUCCGCCAUGUCCCGGGACACCAAGCUCAUCGUGGUGGUGCGGGACCCCGUCACCCGGGCGAUUUCCGAUUACACGCAGACUUUAACUAAAAGCCCCGACCUGCCGAGCUUCCAGGAGCUGGCCUUCAGGAACCAGAGCGCCGGCGCCGUGGACGCGUCGUGGAACGCCAUCCGGAUCGGACUGUACGCCCUGCACCUGGAAAACUGGCUGCACUACUUCCCGCUGUCCCAGAUCCACUUCGUGAGCGGGGAGCGGCUCAUCACCGACCCGGCGGGCGAGCUGGCGCGCGUGCAGGACUUCCUCGGGCUGAAGCGCAUUGUCACCGAUAAACACUUCUACUUCAACCGCACCAAGGGCUUCCCUUGCCUUAAGAAGCCCGAGAGCAGUGGAUCGCCCCGCUGUCUAGGCAAGUCCAAAGGCCGGACUCACGUGCAAAUAGACCGAGAUGCUAUUGAGCAGCUGAGAGACUUCUAUAGACCUUAUAACGUCAAGUUUUACGAAAUGGUAGGCCAUGAUUUCAAAUGGGAGUAGAGGUUUAGGACGUUUUUAAAGAAUUUGAAGAAUGACUUAUGAGAUCCAUCACUCUGUCUUUGGAGUGACGCUAACAAACAGAGCUCAACCUAAGAUGGCGUAGGUUUGGUUUGCCUUUGUCCGUGCAGGAACGUACAGCAAUCGAGUCUCCGGGCUCGUUCUCAUAUAUUAUUGCUGACUAGAUCCCCCUUUUGCUGACUGGUUGAGAAAAGAGGUGAAGUUCCAGGGAAUUGGAUUAGUUCCUCUUAAAACCUGCUUCACUAAUCAAAGGAGGGUUUGAAAGCAAGACCUUGGUAAAUGUCAGUGAAGUCUUCAGGGAGAGCAGGAAUUAAGCUGCAGCACUGUGGUGGCAAAUCCGCAACGUAAAGCCAUACUGUGAGUAGGAGGCGUCCAGCGUUCGCGUUGGUCUCAUCAGUUUCCAGAGUUCAUCCUGCAGCGCGUGGAGCAGAUAAGACGCCUUACGCACGAUCCCCGUCAUUAAACCAGACACAAGCACGAA